UUUAAUGAUUAAAAGCCAAAACCUGCUGUUUUAGUUCGGAGUCUUUGAGUUUUAACUUUUAAAGUCUUUUGUGUUAAUGUAAAAGUGUCAUGGUUUCCCGCCAAAUUCAAAACUUGAUCCAACGGUCAAAAACUACCUCCCAUCUCCUCCAAUUCCAGUCUCUGAUUUUCAAAACCGCUCUUGAUCACGACGCCGAAUUCAUCUCUCAGUUCGUUCUUUCAGGGUGCUCUGUUUCAGUCAAUUUUGCAAAAUUAGUAUUCGAUAGCUUGCCCAUUACUCCACCGCUCUUUGCUUGGAACACAAUUAUCAGAGCAUUUACCAAGAGCUCAACUCCAAUACAAUCAGUGAGGCUGUUCUCUCAGCUCCAAAGGGUUGGGAUUAAACCAGACAAUUUCACAUACCCUUUUGUUUUGAAAGCCUGUGGCCGGUGUUCGUUGGUCGGAGAAGGUGGGGCGAUGCAUUCGAUGAUUAUAAAGGCGGGUUUUGAUUUGGAUCGGUAUAUAGGGAAUACCCUUUUGAGAAUGUAUGCAGCUUGUGGUGCUGUCGGGCUUGCGAGGCGGGUGUUUGAUGAAAUGACUGUGAGAGAUGUGGUUUCUUGGAGUUCCAUGAUUGCAGGAUAUGUUGCUUGCAACUGUCCAUCAGAUGCCUUUAAGGUGUUCCAACAAAUGAAACUAGCAAAUGAAAGACCAAACUCAGUCACUUUGGUGAGCUUGCUUUCUGCUUGUACUCAUCUUCUUGAUAUCAACACAGGGGAGUCCAUUCAUUCCUACAUUAUCAUAAACCAUAUGGAAUUGGAUGUUGCUUUAGGGACAGCUCUCCUUGAAAUGUACUCUAAGUGUGGAUAUAUUAACAAAGCUUUCCAAGUCUUCAAUUUGAUGGGUGAGAAGAAUUUGCAGUCGUGGACAAUCAUGAUAUCUGGUCUUGCAGAUCAUGGCCAUGUGGUAGAUGCUAUUUCAUUGUUUACUGAGAUGGAAAGAACUGGGCUGAAACCAGACAGUAUGUCAUUUGCUGGGAUCUUGUCAGCUUGUAGCCACUUGGGUAUUGUUGAAGAGGGUCAAAAGUAUUUUGAUCAGAUGGUAAGAAUUUAUGAUAUCAAGCCAACGAUGGAGCAUUAUGGAUGCAUGAUUGAUUUACUUGGAAGAGCUGGAUUGAUUAAUGAAGCUUAUGAGAUUAUCAAGAACAUGCCAAUGGAGCCUAACUCAGUAAUAAUAAGGAGCUUCCUGGGAGCAUGUAGGACCUAUGGCUGGAACCUUUGUUUAGAUGAUAACCUUAGGAAACUAUUACUUAAAUUAGAGCCUGAACUUGGAGCAAACUAUGUACUUGCAGCUAAUGUAUCUACUUUAUCUGGUUUCUGGAAUGAUGCAGCUGACCUGAGAGUAGCCAUGAAACAGAAGGGCUUGAAGAAGGCUCCUGGGUACAGUUGGUUGGAGUAAAUAGUGUUUGUACUAAGGUAAUCAUCAAAGAGGCUGUAUGGUAACUUUUGAUCUUGGCUAAUGAAGAGUCAUAAUCUAUCUGAAUUUCUGUAUUUUGCUGAGAAUUCAGGGAUGAAGAACAUAGUUUUGGAAAUUAAAGAGGCGUAGUGUAGACUGUAAGAGAGAUGAAUCACUAGUGAACUUAUCUUUUGUAACAAAGUACUUGAGCUUUCCAGGAUUUUUGUUCUUGUUGACAGCUGCACUAUUAGCAUGUGAAAUUAGAUUCCCAACAUGAGCGCAAUAUUAAGUCUUAGACUAAAAGGUACAUAUGGAAUUGAGUUUUGGAGGCUAUUUGGGGAGCUUAACAGAAUGUCAAGGGCAUAUUUGGACAGCCAAUCUGCAUAAAUAUACGCAAAUGCAGCUUGCAUGUUACUGUAAAAUGAAAUUUCAGCUUGCCUAUGAGUGUAAUUUUUCCGUUAUGUGUGAGAACUGAGACCUGACAAAUGUGCAAGAAAUAAAUGUUGAAUUUCUCAACAGUCACCUUUCCUGCAAGCAAUAACCAGAGAUUAGUUCUAAUUUGAGCAGCAUAACUUUCAUGUUAUGGACAUUUAAAGUUGUUGCACUAGAGAGAUUGGCUGAGUCAUCAUGAUGUAUAU